AUGGUUGGUGAAGUUCAAUCAUCUAAUAGUCCUAAUGUUGCUUUGGAAGGGAAUGAAGUUCCUAUAGAAAAAAUAAAUAUAGAAAAUCAAGAUCCUGAAGCUCCUGUUGAACCCACUACAAGUCCUAGCAAAAGGGGAUUAAAAUCAUAUGCUUGGCCCUAUUUUAAAAGGCAAAAAAUAGGAGGCCUUUGGAAGGCUAUAUGCAAAUCUUGUGAUAAGAAAAUUGGUGGUGAUACAAAAAAUGGUACUAAACAUUUAUUUGAUCAUAUUAGCAUAUGUCCAAAACGCACAGAGAGAGGUCCAAAACAAGCCAUGCUUAAAGUGACAGAAAAAAAAUCCGGAAACAGACAUGAAUCAUUUGUGGUUGGAAAUUAUACAUUUAAUCAAGAUGUUUCUAGGACCGUUGCUUCAGAGUCCGCCUUUAGUACUAGUGGUCGUGUUUUAAGUCAACAACGUAGUAGGUUGAAGGAAGACACUUUAGAGGCUUUGAUGUGCACUCAAGAUUGGAUCCGAAAAGAUAUAAAAGGUUACUCAAAAACGUUGACUCAAUUCGAAUGUGUGGAUGAAGAUAUGGAUGAUGAUGAUGAUGAUGAUGAUAAUAAUAAGGCGUCAAGAGCUUGGUAUAACAAGAUUGAUGCUUAUUUUGUGAAGAAUGGUUUUCACAAAUGUCCUCACGAGCACAUGUUACAUAUCAAAUACAUGGAUCCUGGAGAUGUCCUUAUUGUGUGCCUAUAUGUUGAUGACUUGAUUUUUACUGGAAAUAAUUCAGAGAUGAUUGCAAAAUUCAGAGAAGCUAUGAUUGAACAUUUUGAAAUGAUAGAUUUGAGCCUAAUGUCCUAUUUCCUUGACAUUGAGGUCGUCCAACAAGAUGAUAGAAUUUUCAUUUCUCAAAAGAAGUAUGCAAGUGAUAUUCUGAAGAAGUUCAAGAUGGAGCAUUCAAAGCCAGUUUACACACCUGUUGAAGAAAAGUUGAAGUUGACAAGAGAAAAUGAUGGAAAAAGAGUAGACUCAACUCAAUAUUAA